CACGAAAUUAUCAUUCGAACAGGUUCAAACCCUGACUCGUUCGUUGUUUCUUCGAAACAAGAGCAGCUCUUAAUUGUCGUUUUUGUCUGGUAUCAUUGUCUUUUGUAUCAAUGAAAUAGUAUUCUUGUCAGUACUAACUUUGAAUUAUUUACAGUACCUCGAUAUGUAUGUAUUUUCUAUACAUAUGAAAUGGAAAAUAAUAAAACCGCUACCUUCGUGACAUUCGAGAAACAACUACAAUUAGCGCCAUCUCUCGUGCAGAAGAAAAGUGAAACAAAAAACAUUAAAUCUUUGGUUCGCGAUGCGUUCUACUUAACGACAAUUUUCAUUUCGUUUAAUCCAACAUUCGUUUUACGUGUUUGUUUAUUCUUUUUUAAUCAACAUUUACGUACACAUCAAUUUUCGUUACAAAACUAAAUCGCAAUGUUCAUCUUUAUGCUCUCUACACAGUAGAAAUAAAACUCCUUUGUGCGCAUAUAUGUAUAUAUGUACAUGUGCACAGAAGUAUUAUAUAUAUAUAGCUAUUCAAAGGUGAUUAAUACAAUUUAUUGGAAGAAGAUAAAGGAGAAUCUCUAUGCAAUCACAAAUAGAAUCCGGUGUGGAACUGUUCGCAAGAUUAAAUAAAAAACCGAGUCUGCAAGAACUGGAGGAUACUUUGUUCCUCGAAGGACCUAAAAGUACAGACGUUAUAGAAAUAAAUGGCGCACAUUCAUCCGGAAAAACUCUUCUUCUUUCUCAAUUGCUCGCAAAAUGUAUCCUACCAGAUUAUCAUGGAACUGUUCGAAUUAAAGGUUGCAACGCUCCUGCUAUUUUAAUAAAUACGGACCAUCAUUUUCAAGUCUCGCGUUUGAUCGAGAUAAUGACUGGUGUUGUGAACGUUGCCUAUGCUGAAUCGUUCAAGUUCGAUCCCCUCGACACGGAACUUGAGAAAAUAAAUAUUAUUCAGAAUUCUCUGUCCAAUUUGAAAGUAAUCAAUUGUUAUCAUAGCGAACAAUUUCUUCUGAUGUUGCGUACAUUGGACGAUAUGUUUCUUAGUAAUGCCAAAAUUGCCCUUUUAGCAAUCGAUAGUAUGACGGCUUAUUACUGGCAGGAGCGCGAAAACAAUGUUGUUACAAUCGAUACUUAUAUAAAAAGGUUAUUAAAACUCGUCAAAAAGCAGACAAACUUGUUUAAUGUUGUAACAGUAUAUACCAAACCUUAUGAAAGUACCAUUAAUUACAAAGCUAAAAGAAGUACAAUAGAUCCCUCUACGAAUGACACAGAAUGUAAGAUACAUUUACGCAAAGCAAACGGAUUACGAAAAUUCACAUGUACAUUAGAAAGGGGGGAAGCUAUUAAACAUAUCUGUUACUCUGUGUCGGCGAGUGGUAUUAAAUGGGAAAUCGACUAAGGAGAAGGAUAAAUUUCAUUCUAUUUAUACAUUUCAUAUCCGGAACAAAAUGUGUCAGUGGAACAAUAUCUUAUCUACGAUAUCUAAUGGAUUUAACAGUCGUGAUCCUGCUAAUAUUACAUGGGGUGUCUCAUUUUUAUUCGGAAUCAAAGAGACUUCUUGUAUUAAUUUUGCUUCUUCUGCGGUAAACCCUCCAAUAAUGUACAAUAAAAUAUAGGGAUUGUCACGAGGAUGACGCUUUGCUUUACCUCUUAAUAAUAAGCUGCGGUAUAUAAGAAAUUAAAGAUUUAAAUAUCAUGUGUUUUAGUCGUAUAAAUAUAAAUUGUACCAGAAAGUAUUAAAAUGCUUACUUGAAGCCAGCUGAAAUUAGCGAAGACGACCGUUGGCGUAGAUCACGCAGUUCUCGACUUGUACUCGUAUGAAAGAUGUCUUCGAUUAUCUGUUCCACAAUGCUAACAUGCCGGAUUGUUUCUUGCGAAGUUGUUUUUAUCAUGAGGAAUCUGUAAAUAGUGGACAUUCGACGUGUUAAAAUAUUGCAUUCGUCGGUCACAACGAUAGAAAACUUCUAAUAUUUUAUUUCAAAAUAUACCUGUAAUCUUGCAAAAAUGAGCGUUGUUUUGCGAUUAAUUGAAGAGUAUGAAUGAUACGCGCCGCUAUUUUAUGCGACGUUUCACGUGCUGCGGCCGCGUCAGUUGCUCCUUACAUAAAAAUAACUGGAAUAAAUGAACUGCCGUUUAUGUUAUUUGAACAAUGUACCGUAUAAUAAUGUAUACCCAGUAAUAGUAAUGUCCGUUGAGAAGUUGAUAUUUUGUUGGUCGAUGGAUUCUUUUUGAACGUUUCAAAGUCUUCGAAAAUUGCAGCUGCGAGUGAUUCCUCCAAUUGUUGUUCUUGUUGUGUGGAAAAUCGAAUUUGCGUUCCCGCAAGGGCGUAAACGUGUAUCAACAAUGCUAACAAAUUUUCGAUAUCGAGUCUUCGAAAAUUGCGGGUUCGUACAACGUUACUCAACUAAAAGGAUAUUCGAAAAAUUGAUGUUCGUUCGAUGACAUGUACUAAUUGCGGAAUUACAUGACUGAAACGGUAUUACUGAUUAUACUUGCGCGAGUAUACUCGAGGACUCCCGGCUCACGGAAAGAUUUUGCAAUGCCAAUUUCUCUAAGCUGGUAAGGAAUUCAAACUGACUGGUUUUCUGCGAAAUUGAUGCUUCAACUAUCGCCAUAAUAGCCUGCGUUGUAGUGGAAAUCUGAUUAAAAGCAAUCUAUGCGUUUCCGGUGGGAAGAACAGAAAAGAAAAGGCAAUAAAUUACCUGCAUCUUUUCUAUAUAGUUCAUCAUAGAAUCGAUGCUGUUUGUACCUUGAAGUUUGUUAACAGCUUUUUCUAAACUAUGACCGGAAAUUCUCACUGGUGUUCUCAAUUUUGAACUAUCCUUCAUAGAGAUAUUGUUCAACAUCUGAUUUGCCGUAGUUAAUAACUUUUUUUCAUUUUCCGAAACAAAGAAAUUGAUCAUAGAUUUCUCUAUACUCGCUAAACAUCCAGGUACUUUGUACAUUCGUAAAAUUCCCUUAAUAAUGAUACAGAAAAAUACACGUGGUGUAAUGGAAAUUAUUAAAUUACAUCUAUGAUGUAAAUCUGUUAAAAUAUACGCCAACGCGUUAGAUCAUAUUUUACCUCUGUCGUUCCAAAUGCGGGAGACAUAUUAAUCGCUACAUCGUUAUUGUGCUGUGGCAAACGUGGAAGUGCUCCCAAUACUUUGGCGAGAAACGACUCCGUAUUAUUGCUAGUAGGAGUACAGAGGUCUAACGUUCGAUCCAAUAAAAUAAGUGAUACUCCUACUUCUUUGACUCGCGACGAAUGCUAUGCAGACAAAAAUAAACAGUUCAACUUAUGCUUUGUUAUUUUAUCGUUAGUUUGUUACUUACAUUUUGAUGAACACCAUUAACAAAGUAGUUCUCCAAAUUUUCUGCUAAGAGAUCGCUCAACUUCCCAACAGAAUACACUUCUAUUUUGGCAUUAAGACUGUCGAAUAAUUUGUAAAAUGAAUUUGCUAUAAGACAUAUCUCUGCAGAUGUAUCUUCCACGAUACUUGUGUUUAAAGGUGGCAUUAAAUCUCCAAAUGGAGGUGUCACAAACAGAUGAUCGUUCAAAGGAGCAAUUAAAAGUGGUACAUGGAUGAUGCUAACAGAAGGAUCCUACAAAUGAAUUUAUCAUGGUUGAAACAAGAAAUUAAAUGUAAUACUGGUUUGUAAAUGAAUCGUUCGAAUCAACUGAUGGUGAUAGUGAUUAGACUACAGGUUUUAUGCAUUUACAAGACAUUCAAAUGUACAAAAGAAAACUCCAUUAAAAUAUAAAAAUUCAACAAAUAUUGAUACUACUCGCAUAAAAAUAUAAACAAAUAAUAAACAAACCUGCAACAUGUUUUUCGAGAUCAUCCAAGCUUCGAUAUCU